AUGGUCCCCGGCCGCUGUGCCUUCAACACGACCGGGCUGUACACUGUGACGCAACUUUCAGCCCACACUGAUCUGAAUUUCGUCGAGCCUUCGCCCCUCGGCCCUACUUACAGGAUGAUUAGCGCUGCCCGACUCAUAAGCAUGAGUAAUGGUGGUUUGGGUGGUAUCUACUACAAGGUUAACAGCGAUAUCAACUUUGACGAGGCUGACACCACCGUGAUAUAUCCUAUGGGCACGAAUCCCGCGGACGUACUUCUAGAUCUACAAGCCCGAGGGCUUUUCUUUACUGCCUUCUCCUACACUUGUGGCUCUGUUCACGGAAACGCUGGUUACGGGCAAGGCGUCGUGUGGACUCAGUCUGAGCUAGCGGCGUCUGGGAGGCCGUGGGAUUUACGGGCCGCGGUUGAGACUUCAAACGGGACCAACCUACAGGCUGAGCAGACGUACAGAGUGUACGAGUGUAUCAUGGACACACCUUCCAUCACGGGGAUUCUGGCGCAAACGCGGCUAGACACGAUGAUCGAUAGCUGGUGCAACGAGCUCAAGGAGAUGAUUAUUUCUCCACAGCCGUGGGCGGAGCCAGAGGAGAGCGACCCUGCGCUCGGCAUGGUGGAGGUUCUCGAUGUCAUCGUCACCAUGGGCGGCUCGGCGUGGAAUAUGAGCGAGGCGCCCGCCAUGGACCCCACUCAAGGCUGCUUAGCCCCACGGGCGCGCGUUCCAUGGCCCGUCAUCUUGCUCUUCGUCCUUGCGGCUGCCACGGCCAGCGUCAUGGGCGUGUAUUGGCUGACCUUGAUGCGCGCAAAAUCCCUCGCCGUCAAGUCCAUGCAGGCGCCCAUCUCAGUCAUCGAUGAGCAGACUCCCGGCGAUCUCCUGACGUGGAUGCAGCAGGCUGUGCGCGAGUCGGUGCGUGCCGACGUACGGCCUCGUAGAGAAACACUAUAG